ACAUCAGCAGAUUUUCCUUCAGUUCCUCAGUGAAGGUUGUCGAGGGGAGUAUCAGCACCAUGAACAAGAUCAUCUUUAUUUUCGCCCUUUUAGGGCUGAUGUCGUUAUCAUCGGCAAACGCCAUGGUCACACAGAACGAGUUUUUUCAAUGAUGACCUCUGCUUGGAGAAACGAGAGAGACCGUCUGCAAGUGAACUCAGUCAAAGCAGAGCUCCAAAUCUGUAACAACUUCUCAGAAGAGUGCCCAGCCAUGUACAAAAAAUUACUGGCCAACAGAAAACUCUUGGAGAUGGCAAGUAAAGGGACGAAAUACAAAGAAUAGACAGCCAUUAUGGAUGUACAAGAUAUGAUAAAUGUCGAGAUAUUGGGAGCUGCGAGGAGUGCAUGGCUGCCCCCUGCCAUUGGCUUGAUUGUUUGGAACUGCAGUAUUGUGAGAAACGUGAUAUCAGCCCAGAAUUAUGUCUUGAGACACGGUGCAAUAACAAAACAACCACCACCACAUCAACCUCAACAACCGAGCCUCCAACAACAACCGAGCCUCCAACAACAACCGAGCCUCCAACGACAACCGAGCCUCCAACGACAACCGAGCCUCCAACGACAACCGAGCCUCCAACGACAACAGAGCCCCCAACGACAACCGAACCUCCAACAACAACUGAACCUCCAACAACAACUGAACCACCUACAACUGAGCUGCCUACAACUGAACCACCUACAACUGAGCUGCCUACAACUGAACCACCUACAACUGAGCUGCCUACAACUGAACCACCUACAACUGAGCUGCCUACAACUGAGCUGCCUACAACUGAGGUGCCUACAACUGAGCCGCCUACAACAGAAAUCCCAUCUACAACCACUGUGACACCUUGUCCUACCCCAGGAAGACAUUUUGAUGGUUUCAGCUUCUUCGGUGGAAUUAUUUUGGCAAUAGCUAUGAUGGCUGUGGCUUAUGCUGCAUGGCGCUUCUACCGGUCACGUACCAGCAGCAACUACCACACCCUGCACGAGACGGUCCACAUGUAACGCCAGAUUGAGACAACAGGUGUCGUAGGAUCAACAAAUGCACUCUUGACGAUCCACUCUUAACACCUGAAGAAGACAACGACUAUCGCAAGAUCAACAAAACACUGCUACAUAAUUGGCAGAACGUAAAGUGUUGCCUACUUAUAAAUCAAAGGUUGAGUGUCUAUUGGUGAAAUGAUAAAAGAUAAACUGUGUGUUGUGGACGUGAUUUAUUCUCCAUGUGCGCUGUUUUGGGUACGUCUGAUGCAGCAUGGGGUUAAUUAUUUUUUAUACAAAUUAUUUCAGUGGCGUAAUCUACACAUGUGAGCCUGUAUCAUGUCAUGAAAUUAACCCUUUCCAUACCAUAUGAUUAAAUAACUAUAUUUAUCAAGGGCUAUUGCUGUCAUUCAUACAGUACUAACUUAGUCAUGUGGUAAAGAAGGCGUUAAACAAUUACUAAAAAUUCUAUAAUGAGAUGUAUCAGUCAGCCAGAAAUGGGGAAGAAAGCUUAAUUGCAAGAAAAUUAAUCAUCCAUAAUUUUUUUUAGAGUUCUGUUUAUUUUGUGAAGUUAUCUCCAGUAUUUGUUUAUAUACCAGACUGAAUUCUGAUGUGCAAAUGUGAUGUGAAAGGAAGUUAUCUAUGAACUAAGCUCCACCCACUUUUGGCUUCCUUACCAAUUGUGAUAAUUCAUGAAAUUGGUUAGGUGCUAAGUGAGUCAUGACAUCAAAUUGGCAAAAUCAUGUGCAUUAACCUCUUCAUUGUUUAGUUUUAACUUGGAAAAAAUUAUUCUUUUAAACUAUGGAAGAGUGAAGUGCCAUUGAAUCUUGUCAGUAUGGAAAUGCAACUUGUUUGACCAUCAACAAUCAGUAAACUUCUCUAAAUUGUACUGGAAUGGUUGGUGAAGAAGCUAAAAGGGAGCAAAACUUAGGCGAGAGGUCACUUGUGUGGGGAAAGUGUACUGUACUUUAGUGAGUAGUAUCCUGAUAAUGCUUACUGUACAGUGAAGAUCUAGUGUAGUGAACAUUCAGAAGAAACUGGUCGAGUGAUUUUACCAAGGAUUUAAUUUUUUUUUUUCAUGGCCUCAGAGGAGCUUCAAACAAGUGCCAUUGUCUGUUCCACUCACUGAGGUAUUUCCCGAUUGCUUUUUUAUUAUUAUUAUGAUGAAAUGCUAUAUAGGAAAAAUACCCUGGUUUUGUUAUAAUUUAGCUGGUUGAGCAGUUUCUAAACAUGUUGUAAAAGUUAUGGCAUUUAAAGCUUAUAUCAAUUCAUUCUAGACUAAAAGAACAUAGGUACGUGUAUGUGUGAAUGCAUCUUCCCAUUUCUGUGUAAUAUAAGGAAGUUUGGAAGACGGGAACAAAAUGUGGAUGUGAAAAUUAAGAUUAGUUUUCAUUGGUCCUGGGAGUCCUCACUGGUAUAAGAGAGGUGCGUCUCUCACUCCAUCUUCAUAUUCCUAUCAAGACUUAUUUUAGCCACAUAUAGUCAGUCCAAUGCCCACUUUUCUGGUACUAACGGAUUGUUUUUCAUACAUGAGGGGUGCCAUAGUUUUUCAGGUGCAGUUUGACUAUGCUAGUGAUCCGUGGAGAGAAUUUUGAGGCCUUUUUCAGGGUUUUGGAUAAAUAUUUGAAACAGUUGAAUUCCCAGGAGAAAGAAACAUGUGUUUUCACCUUUGCUCUUUAUAGAAUUUGAAAUUGUAUACAAUUAUAUAAAUAUAGUAAAACUCUGAGAUGUAGAAUUUCUGUAAUACUAGUGUUAAACGGUGUUCAGACUUGUCAUAAUGAACUGUAACAAACUACCUACCAAGUGAAGAUCUCAGAUUCAUGCUGAAUAUGUUGUGAGUGGUGCCUCUUGUGCAGCAUGUUUGUCAGUGUUUUAUUUAUAAUUGAUAAUUGUCAUAUGUUAGUAAGUUUUGAUAUUUGGUUAUCUGAAGCAAGUGUUAGGUGAACAGGAGUUGAACAGCAUGGAAAAUUUGUAAUACCCCGAGUUGACCGUGAACAAAAUGGGGGGAAAAUGGAUAUUGAGAUCCAUUAUAGGGUAGAAAAUAUAUAUUUUUUCAAUAUUGGCUUGUUGUUUCUUGUACUCGGAGAACAGUUUCCAAGGAAGGUAAAGGUACUAAUGUACUUUAUCAUUUUCUGACCGAUUUUGACUUAUGGUAUAGCAGUACACUGUAUUGACCCGGAUAACUAUGAUUAAAGCAAAGUUCAGGCUGCUGAUAUAGAAUUACUGUGAAGGGUGACUAGAUUUGUUAGAUUGAGAAAUGUCAGUACAGUACUGUAUAUGGACUGAACGUGUGAGUCUAGUUUAUCCUCGCAUUUGUCGAACAAAUCCAAUUGAAAUGGUUUUUGGUUUGAUAGGAGACUGGAUUAGAUGAAAUUUGAAUUAGUGUUUUUUGGGUAGUAUCUUGAUGGGAAAC